AUGGAGGGCGAUGAAGAUUUUGAUGAAAUGAAAUCCUGCUACUACCGCUUAUAUAUUGAUUAUCAAAAUUUGAGCAAUUCGUUACAGAGAGAGAUGGAUUUACGCCAAAAUAUGAUUAAUACUUUUUAUAAUAAUUUUCAAUCACUAGUUCAAGGAGAUAAAGCGCUAAAUAACAAUCUAUCAUCGAUGGUUACUAGUAAUUUAAAUCGUUCUCAGCGGUUACUAGAAAAACUGACUAAAAAAAGCGAAGAAUGCCUUCAAUACAAAGCAAAACUAAGAAUUGCAAAUAAUAGUAUAGAGGAAAAUGAAGCUGAAAUUAAUUAUUUAAAGGCUCAACUUAAUAAUACAACAUUUAUCCCUUAUGAAAUUCAAAAUAAUAACGAUCAGCUUAUUAGAUUACAAAAUGAAUUAGAUAUUGCAAAUGAAACUAUAAAAAACCUUAAACUCCAACUUGAUGAGCAUAAAUCGAAAAAUUUACAAUUACAAGAUGAACUUACUUGUAAAAACUCAAUAAUAACUAAUAAAGAAAGCGAAUGCAUUGAACUCAAAGCAGCAAUUACACAUCUAACUAAUGACCUCAAACAAACACAUCAACUCCUUGUAGAUAACCAAAAUACGAUUAAAAGUUUUUUUAAGACUAAUGAAGACUCUCCAUGGGGCCACACCAAGCCACUGAAAGAUAAAAUAGAAGAACUAACAAACGAACUCAUUUCUGCAAAUAAAAUUUCAGAACUUGAAAAGAAGCAAAUAGAAAGGCAGACAUCAUUAGUACCUGUUUCAAAUGUUCCAAUUGAUUAUGCUAAGCUCAAUUCACAAUUAUUGAGCAUUAAAAACGAAAUGAUGAGGACUUAUGAUGAUAGAUUCUCAAAUUUUCAAAAUAACUUUGAAAUGAUAUUAGAUGAGCUCCACGAUAUGCAGAAUGCAGUAAAUGAACCUCCUCCACCGUUGCCACAAGAACCUCAAAAGAAUUUUUAUUCUUUCAACAAAAUUUUGAAGGGAAUACUAUAUUGUUCUCUUCUUAUUUUAGUUUUGUCCAAUAUCAAGCCUCACUAG